AGAUUAUGGCAGAGAGCAAUGCUCCGUUUUCAGUUGAAUGUGACUUCAUCAGUAUCCCUAGUAGUUUUUUGACUCCAGGAAAGUUUUUUGAUUUAAUUGAAGAUGAAUCAUUAAUUUGCGGUAUAGGUCCAAACACAUUAUUAGUUAGUGAGACAACAGCGAGAAGAUUAAACAUUGACCUCAAAAAUAGUUGUCAAGUAUUAUGGCUGGUGUUGAAAUUAGGUUUAAGUAAUUUAGGAUCAUGCACUAAUUUCAAAACGGAUCAUGCUCUUGAAACCAAGAGGCUAUUGCAAGUUGUAAUUGACACGAGGGUAAAAGAUGAUUUAGUAAUUACAAGUGAAGAAUUUUUCUAUAAUUUAGAAUAUUGUUUGAGUUUAAGAACUUCCUGCCGGUUUACCUCAGUAAUGAAACUUAAAACGUUGCAACUUUCACUGGAGAGACGUUUAAAAAAUUUGCCAACUAAAGCAACAAAAGUGGUUUUGUCUCUGAUACAACUGGAACCCAGCACUAAUAAUGACUUUGUUGACAAAGCGCUGCAAAGCUAUUUCACACUUCCAAGAUACGUAUGCAAGAACGAUACUUUUGGGGUUUAUAUUCCUAAACACCACAAACUGGAUACAAACAAUAUUAAUAUAGAUGUAUUGUAUUUUAAAGUAUGUCAAAUAGAAGGAUCUGCCGAUGAUCAGAGUGAUAUCUGUCAAGGGUUCUUUGUUGAUAGCUCUGUCACUAUCUAUCAAGUUCCAAACAAUCAAGAUUUGCAUCCUCCAAGAAGACUAGUGGUUGAUUGUUCUAGUCACCAAACGCUUGAUGAGUUGAUAAACAGUGAACUGUUAAACAUUUUCUCCUUGCAAGGUCACAACCUCACCCCUCAUUGUUUGAAUGACACAUUUCAAGUUGUGUGCAGCUGGGUUGAGCCUUUCCUCUCUCAAUACCAUCAUCUGCAAGAUGCUGAGCUAACUCCAAUUUUCCUUUUAUCGGGACCAAAUGGAUGUGGAAAAACAAUGUUGUUAGAAGCUGUAAGCCGGUAUUUUGGAAUAAACUACUGGAGGAUAGACUGUGUUAUGGUGGGAGAAUCAGUACCUGGCCAGACCGAAGCAAAGCUUAAAGCUAUUUUUAGUAAACUAAGCACGAUAGCACCAGUCAUUUUACAUCUCAGUAAUAUUCAGGCGCUAUUUGAAGAUGCCGAAGGAAAAGACGAUAUUAGAGUUUUGGCUUGUUUUGAGCAUCAUAUCAAGUCUUUGAAGCCAAAAUAUCCUGUGAUCAUAAUUGCUUCAACAGGCAACAUCAAAUCAAUAAGUUCCAACAUCAAUCAAUUGUUUUUGGAGACAACAACAAUAAAAUCUCUAAAUCAAAGUGAUAGAGAAGAGGUUUUGUCGUGGUUUGUUAACUGUUAUCAAAGAGUUCUAGACAAACAGAUAGAGCAAGCCGUAGCAUCUCAAACGUCAGGGUUUUUGCUGAGAGAUCUAGAAAUGUUAGUUUCUCUAGCUUCCAAAGAGAAGUACUGUAGACUUAAACAAGAACAGACAGAUGAUGGAGAAUUUGUCUUAUCGGAUUUCUCCAAAACUAGUGGAACUAUGCGGAAGGUGUUCUCAGAGUCUAUUGGUGCGCCCAAGGUGCCUUCGGUGUCUUGGAAGGAUGUUGGUGGCUUAGAGCACUUAAAGAAGGAAAUAUUGAGGUCAUUUAGGAGCAACUUGUUCACCACGGGACUGAGAAGAUCAGGACUACUGCUCCAUGGACCCCCUGGCACGGGUAAGACUCUGCUAGCCAAGGCCGUCGCUACUCAGUGUGGACGUAACUUUCUUUCCGUCAAAGGUCCAGAACUGCUUAACAUGUAUGUCGGCCAGAGUGAACAGAACGUUCGAGAUUUGUUUGAGCUGGCCAAAGCUGCUUCGCCCUGUAUUGUGUUCUUCGAUGAGCUUGACUCUUUAGCUCCAAACCGAGGACGGAGUGGAGAUUCUGGUGGAGUAAUGGAUAGAGUUGUAUCACAGUUACUAGCAGAGAUGGAUGGUGUGAGUAGCUCAGGAGAUGUGUUCAUACUGGGAGCCACUAACAGACCAGACCUCAUAGACCCGGCCCUCCUUCGACCUGGCAGGUUGGACAAACAGCUGUAUGUGGGUCCAUGUGAAGACAAGGACUCCCAGCUGAGUGUGCUAACUGCUCUGACACGCAAACUGAGGCUAGCCUCUGAUGUGGACCUACAGCAGGUAGUGUCCUCUCUGCCCAGCAAGGUGUCGGGAGCUCAGAUCUCUGCGUUGUGUUCGGCUGCUUGGCUAGCUUCAGCCCGAGAGACCAUUCAGAGUGGACAGUACAAAGAAGACCCGACAGUUGUGGUGAACCAAAGUCACUUUUUAUCGGCUCUAGGAACUGAUCUUGGCUGACUUUUAAAAAGUGAAACUACAGACAAUUAUAUUAUGUAAUAUGAAAAUAAAAAAAGAUUACUUGCACAUCAUUCAA